AUGUCGUUCCUCUUCGGUGGAGGGCGGCCUCAGCCAUCGUCAGCAGAGAAGAUCGCGGCCGCAGAGGCUGAGAUCAUGCUCGUCCAGGAGAUGUUCCACAAGUCAGUAGCAUCAUGCAAGAAGAAAUGCGUCCCCAACGACUACCGCGAGGCCGAACUCAACAAGGCCGAGAGCGUCUGCCUCGAUCGUUGCAUGGCCAAAUUUAUCGAAGUCAACAUGCAGAUCUCUGAUAAGCUGAAACAGAACGCCCCCGGUGGUGGCGGCGGUGGAAUGUUCGGCGUGUGA